AUGCUUGAGGAGAUGCUUGUCGAGAUGCUAGUUGAGAUGCUUGAGGAGUUGCCUGUGGAGAUGCUAGUUAAGAUGCUUGAGGAGUUGCUUGUUGAGAUGCUUGAGGAUUUGCUUGUUGAGAUGCUAGUUGAGAUGCUUGUCGAGAUGCUUGUCGAGAUGCUUGAGGAGUUGCCUGUUGAGAUGCUUGUCGAGAUGCUUGUUGAGAUGCUUGAGGAGUUGCUUGUCGAGAUGCUUGAGGAGUUGCUUGUUAAGAUGCUUAUCAAGAUGCUUGUUGAGAUGCUUGAGGAGUUGCUUGUUGAGAUGCUUGAGUUGCUUGUUAAGAUGCUUGACCACAUAACUUUUCUGUUGUGUGACUAUCGCCUAAUACCACCUUACAAGUAUGGCGCUAUCAUAAGCUGUGGUGUGAAUCAGUGGAAUGUUGGCCAUGAAUACAUGGACGAAUUUUUUGCCUGUUGUGAGUCUUACUUGGCUGAAGAUGGCAUAUUGGUCCUCCAGUUCAUCUCAAUUGCAGAGGAACGGUACGAGCAAUACAGAAGAAGGCCACACUUCGUCAAAGAAUACAUAUUCCCUGGCGGUUGCAUUCCUUCUUUGGCCCGUGUAAUGUCUGCCAUUACCACGUCAUCAAGGUUCAGCAUAGAGCAUGUCGAGAAUACUGGGCCCAACUACUACACAACUCUGAUGCACUGGAGGGACAACUUCAUGGCCAACAAGGAUCAAGUUUUGGAACUGAGCUUUGAUGAGAAGUUCAUCCGUAUAUGGGAGUUUUACCUCAUAUACUCUGCGGCUGGUUUCAAGUCACGAGCAGUUGGAGAUUACCAGAUACGUAUUUAUGUUGUUUUCUCUCGUCCAGGCAACCGUCGGCUAGGCCUGCCUUGAUGGCUAAAGCCAACUUAUCCUUCUCCAUUAAUAAGUCAGGCCUGAAAUGGCUUGCUCAUACGGGCAGCCUAAUCAGGUGGUUUGGUGAUCUAUCUUCUUGUUUUAAUCAUGAAAUGUUUAGUUUUCAUGGCAGUGUAUUAUCUAUCAAUAAACUUGCAUGUGUUUGCAAGUGCUACAUUAGCCUGGUUACUAGAAUUUGAUAAUUGUAUCAGAAAGAGUUGAUGUCCUUGAUUGUAGUUUUCGAUCUUUUCCAUGUUUGACAUUUGUGAUGUUGGUUAUGGGAGAGAAUGGAUGUUUCUAAUUACCAUGUUCUACCACUAGUCAUGAAGAUAGUUUGUUAUGCUUAUAUAUGGGGUACCACAUGCAUGUUUUUUUAGACAGAAUGCCCCAUACACCAUACAAGAAAAAGAAAAGAAACCAGAUAGAUCAAAAGAAAACAUGCAUGAAUUGCUCACACCAUACAUAACACUGGGAUGACCAGUGGU